UGUUACCAAGAUGGAGGCGUGCAUUCUAGUUGUCCGUCUCUUGCUGGUUAUUACUGCAUUAAUACCGAUAGCGACUUGCAUCGAUUCUGAUUUUACCAUCGAAGUUAAGCCGGGGAUGCUAGAAUGUUUCUUUCAGAGUAUAAAAGUGGACACAACAAUAGAAGUAGAAUAUCAAGUGAUUGAUGGUGGAGACUUGGACAUUGGGUUCUCUGCUCACACGCCAGAGGGACAGUUACUGGCAGCUGAUGGCCGCAAGACUGAGAAUGUCCAUAGGUUUGAUGUGAAGGGAACAGGGGACUUCAAGUUCUGUCUGGAUAAUACAUUCAGUCGGUUAUCCAAAAAGGUUGUAUAUUUUGAAUUAAUGACUGACGAGGAAGAGGAGGAUGACUGGAAGCCAGACAAAGAUGAGCUUGCCGAACUGGUGGACAUGACCAUGGAGGACUUUAAGUCAAUAAUGACCAACGUCAAAACAAACCUUGAGAAAUCACAACAGCUUCAAAAUUUACUGAAAAACUUUGAAGCUCGGGAUCGUAACAUCCAAGAGAAUAACUUCACCAGGGUCAACCUGUUGUCAGGCUUUCAGCUCAUCGUGAUGAUAUCGGUGGGCCUGACCCAAGUCCUCAUGAUCCGAAGCCUCUUUUCCGACCCCAAGUCAGCUCAAACAAUGAGAGCAAGGACAUGACACUCACAACCAGUUCAGUCUGUCAACUAUGCAUUUUAUACCAUGUUGAACAUGUUGAAGGCCCCCUGAAUUGAAUAUGUUGAAUACCUUCUGUGUUGAAUAUGUUGAAUACCUUCUGUGUUGAAUAUGUUGAAUACCUUCUGUGUUGAAUAUGUUGAAUGCUAUGUUUGUUGAGUAGGCCACUGAAGUUCAAGAAAAUGUCUCAGGAACCUAAAAUAUUAACAAGAAGUUAUGUAUAAAUCUUUGCAUACUUUUCAGCACUCACUUUCUUCCACUGGAACAUCAAGACUAUUUCAUUAGUGUUACACAGUUAGAUUUCUGGGAAGCUACCUUAUCCUUAAUGUUUAUUAUAAAUAAUAAUAACAAUAAUAAUAAAAAAUGCUGAUCUCAGACAAAAAUCUCCUUCUCUCCCCCCCCCUCCCCAAACUAAAAUGGUUGCUUCCUAGUAUGGCUGUUGUUUGAUAACUGAUAAAUAGUUUUUGGUAUGAGAGGUCUGGCUCUGCUCACUGUAGGAGAUGAACCACGUGCGAGUCAUUAAACAAUUCUUUGAAGUAGGUGUUAAUUGAGAAAAGGAGACAAUCCAGAACUUCUGCCCACUAUCAAAACAGACAUAUUAAGUGUCCUGAAGAAGACAUUUGACCUUUGGUGUAUACAAGGAACUAUGUUUGUUACUAGUUAUUGUUUAAGGUUCUUUUCACAGUUUUCAUGUAUGAUCAAAGUCUCAUAUUGUCUUAUUUGUUGUUUUAAGUCAUUAGGAUGAGCUACACCCUUCUUUAAGUGUAUUUGAGGGAGUACUGCCGUUUUGUUCUGAUUAUGUUUUGUUAUGUAAAUUUGAUGGUGUUGAGUCACUUUGAAGAACAGAGAAUAUUUCUCGCUACAGUGACUAUGAACGUUGGUACAUUUAAUCAUUUCUUCACUGGAAAUGCUUAAGUUUUGGAUUUGUCAAAUAAGUUGUUUUCUUAUUUGAACUCUUUUAUAUGCUAAACGGGCAUUUAGAAUUAUCCUAGUCAACCUAAUUGGCACCUUUCACCACUAUACAACAAAACAACUACUGACAUCCCUUGUAUUUGUUGUAUUCGACUUAGUAGCAGCCCUCACACGAUACAACAAAUGUAUAUAUACCAGCAUCCCCUGUAGUUACUGUUGUCAUAUCCUGAAGCAAUACCCAAAUGCUCAGAUUAUAUAUAUGGUCUAGUUAGUCAUGUGACAUAAGAAUUGGCUGUGUCCUCUCUGCUAUAUAAGGUAGCAUAUUAUUUUAUAUGACUAUCUUGUACAGUAGAACAUGGCUAGAAUGAACUACAAGGAAACGGAGAAAUCAGUUUGUAAUAUACGUUUUCGUUCGGAAACGUCCGCCAUCUUGGAUACAUUUAUGUUUGUCUUACAGACAAGAUUAGUACAGUUACAGGUAAGAUUAGCACAAAGCAAGUUCAACAAGUUUAAAUCGUCACCGCUGAUUGUGUUGAUUGCAUACAGCCAAUUGUCACUGACACUUGACACUGAGUGAGAUUUCUCAGUUUGCUAUAGACGUCACUAAUUAGUGGUAUUUGGGCUUGUCGGGGAUCAGAUAUCAGUUUGCUAUAUACGUUAGUUCACUGUAGAGAGUCGUUUUAUACGCACAUUUUAUAUGAUAACAUAGAGAAGAUAAAUCGGGGAUUUUGUAACAGUUCGUUGUAUCCAUUUGUUCGCUCUAUCCGUGUUCUACUGUAUUACAGAUGGGAAAGCACUGUACCAGCCAGAGACAACCAGUGUGAUUGGCCCAGAUAUAACCACAUGAAGUUAGACAUGUUCAUGCAGAGCAUAUGCAUUUGUUGUUUCUGUAUGAAACAGGAAUCUUAAAAUCUUCAUCAAACCUUCAUCAUGCAGGGAAUUUGUUGUUGGAAUUAAUGAUUGCGAUUUUCAAAUAGUUUUUCCUGAUGAUCUUAUCAGGCUUAUCAUCGUGUAGUCUUUGAAAAUAAGCAAAACAAUUAAGUGCUACUUAAGUGCUACUUGUCAUGUCCCCAAUGUGAACUUAUGUAGAAUUCCAACUAAGUGAAACUGCCUAGAUCAAAGUUCAAUACCAGCUUUGGCCUUGGACAGGUAGUAACUCCCAGGGUGCCAAUUAUGUUGAUUACGGUACAAUGAUUUGUUUACCAUGUCGUGAGUGUCUUGUAUGAUUGUGUGUAAUGUUGAUAUUCUUGAAUCUAGUGCUGUUUAUUGUCAGACUCACAUUAUGGACGCAUGUUAUCACAAUGAAACCCUGAUGUUCUGAAUACAUGGUUUCAUCUUAUUGAUAGAUUUGAUUUAGUUAAAUAAUGAUUUAUAUUGCACACUGUGACAGCAUCAAUGAUUGUCCAAUCAAAAAGCUCCUUCUAGAACGUUUUCCUCAGACAACCGCUGUGAUUGGCCUAGCUAUAAACUGCAUGAGUUCAGACAUAUGAAUCUAUUGUUUCCAUAGGGAACAGUAUCUAAAUGUCAAGGAAACCGUCAUCAUGCAAACUCACUUUCUUCUUCAUAUAAAUCCAAGGACAUUACUCUGUAAACAUUAGUCGUUAAAUCUGGAAAUUCUUCUUCUUUUUUUCACUAAAUUUCUCUGCAAACAGUUGCUUGGACAAACACGGUUUCACUGUAUGUUGCUAAGCAUAAUGUAAAUACACAGAGUGUGAUGCAGGUUUAUAAACACAUUGUUUUUGUGUGAAUGAUACAAGAUUGUUCUAAGAUAUACUCACAUUUUAGAUUUUCUAUCCAAAACCAAAAGAGAGGGAGUUUUCAUUCAGAGGACAAUGUUACAAGACAGAACAUGUACUGUUUGAGGUAUACAUCUAUCAAAACAUGUUAUUGAUUCAACUGUAUUGUACUUCAAUAGAAAACGGAAACAAAUAUCUGUACCAUUCUCAGUAUUGUGUAUCAUGUAAAUACCAGGAUAUAUUUUGUGUAUCAUACCAGAACGUCUGUACAAUCACUCUACGACACUGUGCCAUUUUACUUUGUUUGCCUCCUGUUUGGAGAUGGAGGGAGAUAAUGGGAGGUAACUCAACGUGACAAGAUGUCCUUCUUUGAAGCAAGCUUUGAAGAGAUUACCAAGGUAAUUAUUUUGUUAGUGUUUACAUAGAAAAUGUGUUGAUUUUGUGGAGUGUAUAUUCCAUGUGAUGUGGAUUUUGUUUUGAGAACAUAUGAUCAAAUAACAAGCCCCUUUUUCUAACAAACGUAGCAUUUUCUUUUUCUUUAUCAUGGUUCCUUAAAAUGUUAUGGACUCCCAGUUGUAUUUGACCCUCAAGAUGACUUGUUUUGCAUACAAUGGAGUAUUGAUGAUUAGUGCUAAUCCCCUGUGAAACCCCUUUGAAAGUGAGACUACGCAUCCUGAAGAAUGAGUGUUGUGUGGAUACUGGACUGAGUGUUUUCACUUGCCGAUGUGAGGAUAUUGAAAUAGAAAACAAAAAUACUUAAGAUAUUCUACUUAAGUACAUUUGUUCAAGUAAAGGGCUCCAGAUAAAAGCCAGUUAGUAUUUACCCACAUUCACUUAAGGUAUUUAUAAUUUUCUUUGGGUAUCUAACGGGAUCGGGUGGUCAGGCUCGCUGACUUGGUUGAUGCAUGGCAUCGAUCCCAAUUGCGUGGAUCGAUGCUCAUGAUAUUAAUCACUGUCUUGUCUGGUCCAGACUUGAUUAUUUACAGACCACCGUCAGAAAGCUGGAAUAUUGCUGAGUGCGGCGUUAAACAACAAACAAAUAAACACUGUGUAGAGGUCAUACAUGUGAUGUUAGCAUUUAACCAGUAAAUGUGAAGACACACGGGAACACAUGCUGAAAAGGCUACAAUUACACAGUGUUGUUUAAUCUGUACAUGGAUAUUUGUAUGCAAGUAACUCUAAAUGAAUUGGGUUAUGGUGAUUUAUUGUACAUACAGUAAACUACGUUUAUAACGAACGCGCUUAUAACAAACUGACCGAUAUAACGAACUUAUUUUUUAGUCCCGGCCAUUUGUUGAAUAUAUGCUGUGUAUUUGCAUAUAACGAACUACGGUUGUUACGAACGAAAUUUAGUGGUCCCUUUGAGUUUGUUUUAAUCGUAGUUUACUGUAAUUUACUCAUCUUAUCCUACUCAUCUUAUCUGGAGCUCUGAUAUAACUCACAUUGGGGUUGUUGCUGUUAUUUUGUUAUGUGGGUGCUACUUUAUUAUUCAUGCUGGUCAAAGAGGUAUGAUUCCAACAUCGACAUAUAUCAAACCUUUAAAGUCAUACACGCUUAACUAUUAACAAACACGACAGAUGUCACACCCAAGAGUGGACAAUGACUACUUAGUGUCAAUGCUUGCCCUGAAAAAUCAUGACUAAACAGUAAUCAAAACUACUGUUUGUUGAAACAACCAUUUUAUAUAUGCUACGAUUCAUAACUAUGUACCUUUUAUACUAAAAUAACCUACCUAGCAUAAUUUGAUAUUUGAGAUUAUUAUUUUUUUUAUAGAGAAAGAAAAUUUAUUGAUUCAAUUUCUUCACUUUAAUAUGAAACUAACAAGCAUUAAACUCCAGUUCCAUCAUAUACAUAAUGAUAUAUGUCCUCAUAUUUGGCCUAAAUACAACAGUUAGGCUUAAAAAAAUAAAAGAAUUGGUUCUCAGGCAAUGAAUUUUAAAAUUACAGAGCUGUGUGUGUUUUUUCUUUUGCUUGUUCAAAGUAUGUAACCAAAUAAACAGUUGUGUACCAUCAACCUGGGAAAAGGUGUACAUAAACAAGCAUACAAACUCCUAUUCCCGCCAUGACCAUAACACAAGGUGCACAGUAAAGUAGUGCGUGUGUGUAAAGGGAAGUAACUGUGUGCUAUAUUCGAUCACAUUGUUUUAAAUUAUUAGGAUUUUUUAUAUAUUUUUUGAAAAUGGAAAUAAAAACGAAAAGUGUUGCGGACUUUAUGAUGAUGUGGGCGGUGCCUGAGAUCCAAGACUAUUAUGUUUUUUAUCCUUACAUUCAAGAUGUGAAGGUGGGGGGAGAGGGGGGAAGUCCUGAUAGAUGUUCUGUACCUGUCCGUCUUUCUUGACCUGAAUUUAUGUAACAAGAUGAGGUUUUUCUUUAAACCAUAUUGAUCAAAUGUCAACUUUCUAUUGUAACUUUUAUUGUUAUGAAUGAUAUUUUGUUACCAAACUUUA